CAAUUAUAUUAAGAAAAUGAUAUGUAUGAUGAAGCAAUAAAAAUAUUUGAUCAAGCAUUAAAUAUAAAUCCAAAUAAUUAAUUAGCAAUAUGGUGUAAAGGUAUUUCUAUUUUCAAAAAUUUUAUAGCUGCAAGCUUAAGGAUGCUUGGUGAAUAUAAUAAAGCUAUAUUCUGGGCUGAUGAAUCAUUGGCCUUAAAUCCUAAUCAUAAUCUUUCAUUAUAUUGUAAAGGUUUAAUUUAUAACGAUUAUAGCUGCAAGCUUAAGAAUGCUUAAUCAAUAUAAUGAGUCAAUUAUUUGGGCAGAUAAAGCAAUAGCAAUAGAUCCUCAAGAUUGUUUUGCUUUGUCCUGUAAAGGUAGUUUUCUAUUAAAAAUAAAAGGAUCUUCACUAAGAUUAAUUUAAAGAUAUCAUGAAGCGAAUUAAGUUAUUAACACUUCCUUAAAUAUUAAUCCAAAUCACUUUGAUUCUUUAAAGGAAAAAGGUUUCAUUAUGAUUUAAUUAUUUAUUAGGAGCUUGUUUAUAAGAUUAAAAUCAAUAUAAAUAGGCAAUUUUAUUUUAUCAAAAGGCUCUGAAAUAAAUACCUAAUGAUUAAUGGAUCACAUCUAGAUAUGGUAUUUAUAAUAUUCUUUAAAUAGAUUAAUGUUUAUAAGCACUAAAGAAUAUAGGAAAGUGA